GCCGCGCACGCUCGCAGACGCAGUCGGAGCAGCCGCUGCAGCUUGGGGUCAGGAUGGGACACAUACCUCGCUCCACCGGCGCUUCUACCGAGGAGGACCGUGAGGGUGAGGCCGUGGCCGCAUCGGCGGCGGCGGAUGACGGGUCCGCGCCGGACGCGGAUGAUCCGGAGCUGCAGAUGAAGAAGAGGCGGAGGAAGAAGAAGCGGAGGCGGAGGGCGCCCACCGAGGAGGAGGUGGCGGCGCGGAGGUUCGUGCUCCGAUGGGCCUGCCCUGGUCGUGAGGUGGUAGGCGACGACGAGGAGGCUGGGAGGGUGCGGCCGCGACGGCCCCGCGUGGCGGUAGAGCUGCACGCGCACUCGGCGCGCAGCGACGGCUCGCUCUCGCCCGCCGAGCUCGUGGAGCGCGCGCACCGCAAUGGGGUGAAAGUGCUCGCGCUGACUGAUCACGACACGAUGGCCGGCAUCCCGGAGGCCAUGGAAGCGGCAAAGGAAUACCCCAUCAGGAUCAUCCCUGGCGUCGAGAUAAGCGCCGUGCACUCGCCUACUGACGGAACAGGGGCCGAGGAACCUGUGCACAUUCUUGCGUACUAUGGUAGUUGGGGCCCUGCAAAACCUCAAGAAUUGGAGAGGUUUCUAGCUGGUAUCAGGGAAGGCCGUUAUGCGCGCGCAAACCAGAUGUUACUGAAACUCCGGGACCUUGACAUGCCAAUGAAGCUGGAAGAUGUGUGCAGGAUAGCUGGGAAUGGAGUGGCUCCAGGCCGGUUGCAUGUGGCCCGUGCCAUGGUUGAAUCUGGAUAUGUGGAGAAUCUCAGGCAGGCUUUUAGCAGGUACUUGUACGAUGGAGGACCUGCUUAUGCCACGGGUAGUGAGCCGACCGGAGAAUCUGUGGUGCAUCUAGUUCGUCGAACAGGGGGCGUCGCAGUUUUAGCUCACCCGUGGGCACUGAAAAAUCCUGCAGCUGUGAUAAAGGAUUUGAAAGCUGCUGGCUUGCAUGGUGUUGAGGUCUAUCGAAGCGACGGGAAAGUAUCUGGAUUAAGCGGUCUGGCAGAUGCGUAUGAGCUUCUGAAGCUUGGUGGAUCAGACUUCCAUGGACGAGAUGACAAGGAGGAACCUGAUGUGGGAAGUGUUGAUCUUCCAGUCUUGGCUGUAUCUAAAUUUCUAGAGGUAGCUCAGCCAAUCUGGCAUAAUGGAAUCAAGGAAAUUUUUGCAAGUACCACUGAAAGGAUGACUAACUUGAAUGGCUCGAAGGGAUUUCGACGGGUUAGCUCUGCAGGAGAUUUCUGCAUUCUGCGCCUUUCUUCUCCAGACAUGGAGGUAACAGAUGCUCCUGAAGUUGAGCUCCUCCGAACAGAAGUCGCAGGCAUUGUCCUCAGUAACAGAGAACAGCAAGCCACUCAUUAAUCAAUGAUCAAAUGUCUCCUGCUUCCACUGGUCUGUUCUCGAUGAUCUGGUACUAUCGUGCGGAAGUAACAUGGUUAGACUAGAUGACUGUGUUGCAGUCUUGCAGAUGCGACAUGGUAAGGAUCCUAUUUUAUUCCAUCCAGGGUUCGAAAAUGCAUCGGUUAUCGAGCAAUUAUCACGGUUACCGAGCUU